CAUCACUAUCAUCCCCAACUCCAUAUUUAUCUUUCCUUCCAAACAUACUCAGUGAUAUUCAGUAUCUGUUACGGCCGCAACGGUAAAGGCAUGAACAUGGGCUAUUGAGGCCCAAUCCAAUAGCGCCAUCCUGAUUCGUACCUACCACUAGCUUAUGCUUAGCAGUCCAGUUACAACUUGAAGAUGCCCUCUGCAAACAAAGGCAAGGGAAAGGGCCGCGAUGUGCGACCGUCGCGAAGCCGCAACACGACCCCCAGCUCUGGGUUCGGCGCAGCGCCGGCUCCGACAUCUGCCCCCGUUACCAGCUACCUUGAAAACGACGCGUCCAAACUAGUGAUUCCGGUGACCAUACAAUAUUCGGAGAUCCUCGAACGCAUGGGUGGGGUAGGCCCCAUUCCGGACUCGAAAUCCUUGGAGCUGUUGAUGGAACACCUAAAGUCGCUCAGCCAAUCUGCUGAGGCUCGUGGUGAUGCCUGCAACGCCGGGAUCAGGGAGCUUUCUCAGAAGCGCAAGGAAGUUGUGGAUGAACCUGAGCCGUAUGAAGGCGACGACCGCGUUAAGAUGAAGCGUGAAGAUGACGAUGAGGAAGAAAGCAAAUGGGGCAAGGCAGGAAAGCUCAAGAAGCGAAAAGACCGGGGCAGCAGUUCGAAGGAAGAGCGGCCAUUGGCCCAUGGAGCUCGUGAAAUAACCCGCCAGGAUGGCGGAGAUGCAAAGGUGGAAGGUGCCACGUCGCCAGCAUCAAAGAAAUCCAAGAAUGCAGUGUCGGAUGAGAUGUCAUCACUAUCUCCGCCGUCAUUGGCAUCGCCUCGCCAGGAAGUUGAUGACGCAAAUGCGGGCUCGCCUGGUUCUGAUGACAGCUCUGAUUCUCACCAACCUGAGCCCGCGCCAGCCGUACCUCAGAUCCAAGUCUUCGGUCCCAACCCGCUUAAGUUCGAUGAUCCUACAAUAUACCAUAUCCGGGAAGUCACGCCAAACAUGACAGAUGAAGAGAAGAAGGAGAUAUAUAGUGUCAACGUCUUCCCUUCAAGCGACUUGCGCCACUUGAUGGCUGGGACUCCUCCAGACCGUGAUUUCAGUAACGCCAAACCUACCAACCAGGUGAACAACAACACAUUUCUCGUUUGGGUUGACCCUUAUGUCCGGCCCAUGAUGGAGGAAGAUAUAGCUUUCCUGAAAGAAAAGGGCGAUCGAGUUACGCCAUUUCUGAUGCCGAAACGAGGGAAGAGAAAAUAUACAGAAAUCUGGGCAGAAGAAGACGGUCUUAUGAAUAUCGACCAAACAAACGGCGAUCGAGAACGAUUGCCUCUGAAUCAAGGCCGAGGUAAUAUCGAUCAGGUAACGGAUGAGACUAUAGAGACAGACAAAGUCUCUGUAGGCCCGUUAGUCAGCCGCCUUUAUUCCUUGCUACGGUACGAGCAUCGUGCUCCCGAAGAAAACACCACAAACGGGAGCACCAAUGCUGAUGUAUCGGUGAAUGGUAUGAACGGAGAUUCAAUGGAUAUCGACCAUCCGACAGGAGAGUCAGAAAACAAACCACAGCCAUCUGCAACAACGUUCCGCGCCGCAUCGCCCAGCGGCUUCAAAGUCCCCGCCGCGAAGCUCGACCACGCACAGCUAGACGAACGAUUAAAAGCUGAGCUGCGCCACGUCGGCUUCCUCGGGCCAGACGACAAUCCAGACUAUGACGCUCACUAUGACGACGACAUCGCGCAGCGCCUCCGCCUCUUGCAAAGCGAACUCAAGAAACAGAUGAUUAUUAACAGUGCGCGGAAAGCGCGGCUCCUCGAAGUCGCCCGCGAGCGCAUGGCGUACCAGGAGUACAUGACAAUACACGACGAUCUAGAUUCGCAAGUACAGCAAGCCUACUUGAAACGAACAAGGACGCUAGGCAAGAGCAAAAAAGGCUCCCAGGCGAAACAUCGACCUGGUGGUGCCGGCGGCGGAAGCCACGUCGUCAGCGCGGCUGGCAUUAGCCGGCCCGCUAUUGGAGACGUGGCUCGGACCCUUAUGGACCGACGUAAGCGCUGGCGCGACUGUAUCGGGCCAGUCUUCAAAGAUUGCAAGACUACUGUUCCAGGCCCGGGCGAGAGCCUGUUUACCCCCUCCGUUAUGGCAGAGUACGAGAAGGCAGAAUUGGAUGGGUGGGAGGAGGAGCAGGAAUGAUUCUUUCAUUUUCUUGCAGUCUCUCGUGACCUCAGUCACUAGGUCUUGAAUUCAGAUGAUUGCAUUCCUGGUUUUAUUUGGUUUGGCGCAUUAUGGAGCAUAUUUUUCUUAAUGGGAGGUGUUGGAAAUCAUUAUCUAUGGGAGGUUUUGUGUGUUGUGUGAUUAUUGUUUCUCAAAGGAACAUAAGCAUAUGAGUUCGUAUGCAUGUCUACUUAGUUAAGUCCUGA